AUGGCUCCUCCAUCAUUCUCCGAUUUGGGUAAACAAGCUCGUGACAUCUUCGGCAAAGGUUAUCAUUUCGGUUUGUGGAAAUUGGACUGCAAAACCAAAACUCCAUCUGGCAUUGAAUUCAGCACAGCCGGCCAUUCUAACCAGGAAUCUGGCAAGGUUUUCGGUUCAUUGGAGACCAAAUACAAGGUUAACGAUUACGGUUUGACCUUGACCGAAAAAUGGAACACAGACAACACCCUCUUCACCGAGGUUGCCGUACAAGACAAAUUGCUCGAGGGCUUGAAAUUGGCCUUCGAAGGUACCUUUGCUCCACAAACUGGCAACAAGACUGGCAAAUUCAAGGUUGCCUACGGCCAUGAAAACGUUAAAAUCGAUUCCGAUGUCAAUGUUGAUUUGAGCGGUCCCUUGAUCAACGCCUCCGCCGUUUUGGGCUAUGAAGGUUGGUUGGCUGGUUACCAGACUGCCUUCGAUACCCAACACGCCAAGUUGACCACCAACAACUUUGCCUUGGGCUACACCACAAAGGACUUUGUCUUGCAUACAGCUGUCAAUGAUGGCCAAGAAUUCAGCGGUUCCAUCUUCCAAAAGUGCUCCGACAAAUUGGACGUUGGUGUACAAUUGUCAUGGACCUCUGGCAGCAACAACACCAAAUUCGGUUUGGGCGGCAAAUUCCAAUUGGACAAGGAUGCCGCUUUGCGCGCCAAGGUCAACAAUGCCUGCCAAGUUGGUUUGGGCUAUCAACAAAAGUUGCGUGACGGCAUCACCCUCACCCUCUCCACCUUGAUCGAUGGCAAGAACUUCAAUGCUGGCGGUCACAAGAUCGGUGUUGCUUUGGAAUUGGAAGCCUAAGCCAAUUGUCCAUAAGUUUUUUAAUUGUACUAACACUACCAAAUAAUUAUAACAACAACAAUAAACUUUCACAAACAACCGAAGUAUGUAAAAACAACAACAACAACAUCGUCAUCUCAGCAGAACAACAAGAGCAACAAAUUACACUUCUAAUUAUAAUAAUGUUAAAAAUUUCAAGCCGAAAAUUAUUUAAACCGUAAUUAAAAUGAUUGGGUGAAGAGAACAAAAGUUUCAGUUCAUUUUGAAACAUACAUUCUAGUAAAAGAAGAACAAGAAGAGAAAACAACAAAUAAAUAAAAAAAAAUGCUAAAAACCAUUGUUAACCAUUUGGUUUAAGCCAGUUAAGAAAACCAACAUCCAAAAAAAGGACAAACACGUUUUUUCUUAGAUUUUAGUAGAACCUUAUUAAUUUCCCCCACUUCCUUCCUUUCUGUGAAAAGAAAACGAAAAACAACACAGUGUGUUUUUUUCGAUUCCAUUUUCCUGACCUGCUACCCUCGCCACGAAAAUCUUCUACUCUAUUGAAAACUGCCCAGCCAGAUAAAUUAUAUAUUUAUUUACUACUACUUUUAAAUCAUUUAAGCUGUUAUUAUCGAAACAGUUAUUUCAAGCAAAAAAUAUACUUAUAUUGCAGAGUAAAGUCGUCUCUGUGCAUUUAAA